AUGUUCAAUCCCUUUCAUCUCGACUUGCCCAACUACGACGACGACGACGACUACUACUACAACUACUACUACAACGACGACGACGACGACGACGACGACAACAACAACAACAACAGCAACAAAAGCUACCAGUACCACUUUUACAAAAGCAAUAGCAUGCUGCUCUCCGCCGUGUUCCUUGUCCGUGUCGCGCUGCUCGCCGCGCCCGCCGCGCCCGCCGCCCGAGCAUCCAGCGGCGUCGUCCUCCCUCUCUACGUCUAUCCGUCCGCCAAAUUCGGCGACGGCGCGGCAAGAUGGCAGCCCGUGCUUGACGCAGCCAUUUCCAGCCCGUCCGUCCCCUGGCUCAUCGUCGUCAAUCCUCACAACGGGCCAGGUCUGUCGGGCCAGCCCGGCGACGCCGACCAAAACUACAUUACGGGCGUGUCAAAGCUCAACGCCGUCUCCAACAUCAAGACCAUCGGCUACGUCCGCACAAACUACUGCACUUUCUCGCUGGAGGACCUCGAGGGAAACGUGACGGCGUGGAGCAGCUGGUCGAGCUACAGGGCCGCGAACCUGUCCGUGCACGGAAUCUUCUUUGACGAAUCAGCCCCGGACCUGGGCUACAUGACCGAGGCCGUCGGCUCGGCUCGCCGGAUCUUCGGAAGCGUGCCCAUCACGACGGUAUGCAACUUUGGCACGGCCGUCGCUGCGGAGUACUACAAGAUCUGCGACGUGGUCGUGGCGUUUGAGAGCUGUCUCAACUGCUCGCUCGGCCCGCAGUACAAGGGCGCGGAAACGCUCAGGGCCAACAUACCUGCGGAGCAGAGGAGCCGGGGAGCGGUGAUUGUCCAUCAUUUCAGGGGGACGGCGUUUGACGGAAGCCGCGCGGAUUCUGGCCUGGUGAGGAGGUAUCUGGCCGACGCGAAGAAGGGCGGGCUGGGAUGGGCGUAUUUUUGCUCGGCAGGCUAUGACGACGUCACGGCUGCGCCGGCAACGGUGGGGGAAGUAGCCAAGGGACUGGCUUGA